AAGCGAGUGCAAAGCGAAAGAGCAGUUUGCAACCUGCUUUAUCGCUUCAACUCGCUCAGAGCAUACGAUUGUUUUGUUGCAUUCUGUGCUUUAUUUACCGUUUGCUUUCAAAGCAUGCGUUUUUAAUGCUUUCUUUUGGUGGCAUUUGUGAGAAAACAACAGAACGAAAUGGAGAUAAACGUUGAAAAAUUAAUUGACGAAAUAUUUUUACGCCCAGCGCUAUGGGAUCAAAAGAGCAAGAUCUAUCAUAAUAGAAUCUUGGUGGAAAAAAAUUGGACUGAGAUGGAAAACAUAUUUGAAACUGAAAAAAAACUUUUUGCCACGACCACUCUAUCGCCCACAAACCACCAAAAACUGUCAGUUUUGAAGAGCCUCCUUCGCACCUCCACUAACUGGCAUUUAUGCAGAGAAGGAAACAUGCUACUUGUAACCAAGUUGUGGAUUGCCUUUUUUUUUGCUGCUUCGAAUUUUACCAUGUCAUGUAAUGGCCACGGCAGACUGAUCGAACCACCAAGUAGAGCGUCAGCUUGGCGGUUUGGAUUUCAAACCCCACCAGACUAUAAUGACCAUGAACUAUACUGUGGAGGGCUUAACCGUCAGUGGAAAAGAAACGGCGGUAGAUGUGGAGAAUGCGGCGACGCGUGGGAUGUUCCGGAACCACGACCCCACGAAUAUGGUGGCUACUGGGGAAAAGGCUUAAUUGUACGGAGCUAUUUGCCUGGAUCUAAAAUGACGAUUCGUGUAGAACUAACAGCUAGCCAUAUGGGAUAUUUUGAGUUUCGGAUAUGUCCAAAUCCAAUUGCUAAGCAGUCAUGCUUAGAUAAAAAUGUAUUGCUAAUUCUUAAUGGAUCUCCUUCUAAACCAAAUAAAUCAGACCUGGAUAUCCGAUUUUAUCCUCGAAACGGAAGUUGCACAUAUGAAAUUUUGGCACAGUUACCAGAUUUUACAUGUGAACACUGUGUUCUGCAAUGGCGAUACGUUACAGGCAAUAAUUGGGGUAUGUGUAACGAUGGUAAUGGAGCUGUUGGAUGUGGCCCACAGGAAGAAUUUCGUUCGUGCUCGGAUAUUGCCUUAACUACAGAAUAUUUUCCCCCAGAUCUUAGUCACCUAAAUCCAGCACCUACACAAUUUAAGUCCACGACCAAGAAACAACAUUCUGUUACUAUACAAAGUGACAAAUUAAUGUAUAUUUUUAUUAUCUCACUACUUUUAGUAAUUAUAUUAGUUUGCGUCGUUUUUUGGUUUGAGUUUCACAAUAUCAACAAAUUUUGUAUUUCAAAAUUUAGUAAUAACCUAAAAAAAUAUAUAUGUUGGAAUUCUAUCCAACAAAAUAAUUUCAUGUAA